AUGGCCUUAGAAUCCUAUGAUUUUUUAGUGAGUGAAAUUAGAGUCUCAUUAGAUGUACAAAAAUAGUAUUAUUUAAGAAAGGGGAUGAGAUUAAGAAACUAAUCCUUGAAGAAAAUUUAUCAGAGAUUAAAAGAGCUUAAAUAAUUUUGACAAAAGGACAACAAAGAUAGAAAUUAGCUGUAUUAAAUUCAAAAAAAUUAGAUUUACACUAACUUAAGUAGACUAUUGAAAGGGGGUUUUGAUAUAUUAUAUAAUUUUGUUUAAGGUGAUUUAAUGGAAUAAAGUGAAGAGAUUAUUAUAGCAGCUGGAAUUUCGCUUAAGAACAUCAAUAAUCAUUGCAAAGAACUAAUGCCUUUAGUCCUUCAUUUUAUAUAAUUAUACAAUAUGAAGUAUGCAGAUGCCUGGAUUCCAACAUUUGGGAAUCUUAUUCAUUAAUUCAAUUAUAAGGAUUAUUAGGAUCAUAUUGAGAAAAUAAUCAUUGAAAUGUCUAUGCCUCGUCAACCUGAAGUUGGAAGAUUAAUAGGAGCAAUGAUGAUCAUUUAGGUAGCAAAUCUAUUAGGGGAUAAGAUUUAAGGGCCUCUAUUAGAUAGAGUUAGAUAAUUAUGCAAUGAUAAUGAUAAUGAUGUUAGAGCAUUAGUAGCUGGAGAUGUACUUAACUGUUUAAUAGAUAAACUAAGUCCUUCUCUUAUACAUUAAUAUUUAUAAGAUAAAUUUUUGCCCCUUAUUUAUGAUAAUUGUUCAUAAGUAAAAAAAGAAAUGAUUAAAACUUUAUUUCUGCAUUAUUAAAAGCUGAAUGCAAUUGAUUGUGUUGUAAAUAUUUUAAUUUUAUAGGAGUUUAAUGCUACUUAGAUCUUUAUUGAUUGCUUAUCCACUUAGAAUGAAGAUGUUCUUUCUACAUCUCUGACAUAUUGUGGUGUUGCUUUUCUUGCAAUAAAAGACAAAGUUAAUUUUGAAUUCAAAUAAAAUCUUGUCAAUUUAUUUGUUUAAUUUGGAUAACAUUAGAGUCAAACCAUUAGAUACUUUUAUUUAUACAAUUUACCAGGUUUUUUAAUUUUAAUUAAAGAUCUUCAAUUAAAUUAUUUAUUAAUCUAACCUUAUUUUGUAAUAGUUGAUGAAGAUGAAGAAGUGAAUAGAAUUUUUGCUUGUUCUAUCUUACAUGAAUUGAUUAAAUCUUUUGAUGUAAACAAAUUUUAUAUAUCAGUAUAGCUUUAUUUCAGCCUAAUUUUAAUUUAUAAUCACAAGCAUUUUAAAUACUGGGAAUUAAAAAUUGAUUUUAUAAAUUCAAUUAGGUAAAAUAAUUGAGACCUUAAUAAAUGAGGAAUAAUACCAUUUAACUUUAGAUAAAAUUGUAAGAAAUUUAAUUUAUAUAAGCAAAAAUAAUUUAAGGUUGUUUUUUAAGACAUUGCAAAACUUUUCCAAAAAUGUGAUCAGAAUUAUUAUAUUAAUUAAAAGUUUUUGUUAUCUAUUAAAAAUUUUAUGAGAUUUGUUAAACCAAAAUAAUUUAUGAAAUACUAUUUACCAAAUUUAUUAAAAAAAUAAACCUGUGUUUCUAAUGAAGAAAUAGCCAUGGAAAUUUUAGCACAUUUUUUUGGUGUUUGUUAGGAUUAUGAUAUACAGUAAAAUAUCAAAGAUACUAUGAAUUAAUAAUUUUUCAAAGGAAAUUCAAAUAAAAAAAUAAAAUAUUUAUGUUUUGUAAAAGAUUUACCAAAAUAUAUAAGUAAGAAGUAUUUUAAUUAUUUAAAUGUAAAUAUAAUAAUAAUGAUUUAAGUUUAAUUUAUUUAUUUAAUUAUUUGAGGAUAAAAUAAUAGAUGUAGUAAUUUAUUUGAUUAAAAUAUUACCUAAAAUCAAGCAUUAUUUGAUUGAUUAAGAUUAUUGUAAAUAAUUGAAAAGUUUAAAGGGAAAGACGAUAUAAAAAUUAGUUGAUGAAAUGAUAAUAAAAAUAGAGUAGAAUCAAAUAUAAGUAGAUGAGGUUCAAGAAAAAAGAAUGUAAGAGAAGGAAGAUUAAAUUUAAUAAGAAUACUUGAAUAAUUUAAAAGGAAUAAAAUAAUUUGAUUCAUCAAAGAGUAUAGAUAGCAAUUAAAAAAAUAAGAAAAGGCUUGCUCUAAAAUUGUCAUCAUAAUCUGCUAAGAAACAAUAAAGUAGUUCAUAAAUAAGGUAUCUGUUUAAAUAAAAUAAAAUAAAAUAGAAUAGGAAUUAGAGAGAAUGCUUCAUUACCAUCAAGUAGAAGUUAAGAUAGAGGGAUAGGAUAAGGAGUGUAAAGACAAUAAAUAGAGAUAUAGAAAUUUAAAAGUCGUCCAAGUGGAUUUAAUAAAUUUUGA